CCAAUAAAAGGUAGAACCAAAAUUUUGAGUUCAUCCCAACUAGUCCUCAUCUCCCAUAUACUUCACCAGCAUCUCCCAAAAUCUCCACUCAAAAACAAAGAAAAAAGAGAAAUUUAGAUACAAAAUGAAAGAGACGGUGCAAAACAAUAUCAAUUCAAUUCUUGAAGCUUUACAAGCUAAGCCCAUGUUACUCUUCUUCUUCAUUAUCCCUCUCUUCUUCUUAUACCUUUUUUCGACGUCUCGCCGGAAACUUUACCCCCCAGGCCCAAGAGGUUGGCCUCUCAUUGGUAACAUGAUGAUGAUGGACCAGUUAACUCACCGUGGUCUUGCCAAACUAGCACAAAAAUAUGGUGGCGUUUUUCACCUCAAAAUGGGUUAUGUCCACAAAAUUGUAAUAUCUUGUCCAGAGGAAGCUCGCCAAGUACUACAGGUACAAGACAACAUAUAUUCGAACCGUCCAAAGACCGUAGCCAUAAGAUACCUAACGUACGACCUUGCAGACAUGGCUUUUGCUGACUAUGGACCCUUUUGGCGUCAGAUGAGAAAAUUAUGUGUCAUGAAACUCUUCAGUCGUAAACGAGCUGAGUCAUGGGACUCAGUUCGCGACGAAGUGGAUUCAAUGGUCAGGAUCGUGACAACCAACACCGGCACAUCCGUCAAUAUAGGGGAACUUGUUUUUUGUCUCACUCGUAACAUUAUCUACCGGGCUGCUUUCGGAACUAGUUCUGAUGAAGGACAAGACGAUUUUAUUAAAAUUUUGCAAGAAUUUUCUAAGCUAUUCGGUGCGUUUAACAUGGCUGAUUUUAUUCCAUGGCUAGGCUGGAUUGGUCAGCAAGGUCUAAAUGUUAAACUUGCUAAGGCACGGGCAUCGCUUGAUGGUUUCAUUGAUUCGAUUAUUGAUGACCAUAUUGAAAGAAAGAAGGCUAAUGUUACUAUUGAUGAUGGCUAUCGAGAUACUGAUAUGGUAGAUGAGCUUUUAGCUUUUUACAGUGAAGAAACAAAAGUAAAUGAGUCUGAAGAUAAUUUGCAGAAUGCUAUAAGGCUUACUAGGGAUAAUAUCAAAGCUAUCAUCAUGGAUGUAAUGUUUGGAGGGACAGAGACAGUGGCUUCUGCAAUAGAAUGGGCCAUGGCAAACCUUAUGAAAAGUCCAGAGGAUCUUAAAAAGGUACAACAAGAGUUGGCUAAUGUUGUUGGACUCAAUAGAAAAGUUGAAGAAUCUGAUUUUGAAAAAUUAACCUACUUAAAAUGUUGUUUAAAAGAAACUCUCCGACUUCACCCUCCGAUCCCUCUCCUCCUCCACGAAACCGCAGAGGAAUCGACUAUCUCUGGCUAUUAUAUUCCGGCAAAGUCACAUGUUGUAAUAAAUUCAUUUGCCAUUGGACGUGACAAAAAUUCAUGGGAAGAUCCUGAUACUUUCAAGCCUUGUAGGUUCCUUAAAGAAGGUGUGCCAGAUUUUAAAGGAGGUAAUUUUGAAUUUAUACCAUUUGGGUCGGGUCGAAGGUCUUGCCCCGGUAUGCAACUUGGGCUUUAUGCAUUAGAAAUGGCUGUGGCCCAUCUUCUUCAUUGUUUUACUUGGGAAUUACCUGAUGGGAUGAAACCAAGUGAACUUAAAAUGGAUGAUAUAUUUGGGCUUACUGCUCCAAUGGCUAAUCGACUAGUGGCUGUGCCAACUCCACGUUUAUUGUGUACACUUUAUUGAAGAAAAUUUUAUACGUGUAUACAAAUUGAUAGACACGUAUUCUUGGGCACAAAAAAUGGAAGGCAUAUUAUUGGUCUGUUUGGAUAUUUUUAUCUUUUUGUUUCGUCUAUUAGAUGUAAUAUUGAAGCAUUAUACAUAAUGGAGAGGGACCAAAGCAAAAAGACGGAAAAAAUAAUUGCUUGAAAGGGGAAUUGAUUGAAUGGUAUAUGUGUAUAGGAUACACUAUAUAUCUUUUUUUUUUCUUUUUUCUUUUUCAAUUACGACAUUUGGUUUGCAUUGUAAGUUCUAAAUGUCCUCCUCUUGUUUGUUUUUCUAUCAAAAAAAUCCAAAUCAAAUAAAGACUUCAUCCUUGUUGA